AGACAAUUGCAGAGGCUAAAGCAAAACUUGCAGCAAGAAAAGCGGCUGCUGCCUCUACUACAACUACCACUACUUCUCCCACUACUGCUACUGCCGCUGCUGCUGCUGCUUCGAGAUCGGCAGAUGAGAACAAAAUUCUAUCAUCAGCAGGAUCAUCCACAGCAACUAAACCAAAGGCUAAAAAAGCCCCACGGAUGGUAUCAGUUUUAAAAUUGAAAAAAUCGGCACAGGGUGAAGACAAGAUCCCACUUAACUCGAGACUAUACCUCCAUAUUCGAUCGCCUCUAUAUCCACAGCUGAAUGACAAGGCAGUGUUUGUGGACAAAACAUGGACAGUAGGCAGAUCGCUUGAUAAAAUCACAGAGUGGUUCAAGAUUACACCACCUAUGAAUAUGCAUCAGUCCUUUGAUGCCAACAAGAGAUUAAGCAUAUUUCAUGCCAAAGAGCCAGAAGAUGUACCCAAACGACUUGCCAUGCAGGAUCGCCUACAGCAGCUACCGAGCGUUGAAAGUGGUGAUACAGUCUACUUGGCUCCUGCAGACUGGGAUUAUUCAGACCUCUAGUAUAUAGAUGUAGCUACUAAAUAUUUCUCUAUAAACA